GGGAGACCAGAUAUAGUGAAUGCAGGGUCCGGGGAGACCGGAUAUAGUGAAUGCAGGGUCUGGGGAGACCAGAUAUAGUGAAUGCAGGGUCUGGGGAGGCCAGAUAUAGUGAAUGCAGGGGGUCCGGGGAGAGCGGAUAUAGUGAAUGCAGGGUCCGGGGAGAGCGGAUAUAGUGAAUGCAGGGUCCGGGGAGAGCGGAUAUAGUGAAUGCAGGGUCCGGGGAGACCGGAUAUAGUGAAUGCAGGGUCCGGGGAGACCUGAUAUAGUGAAUGCAGGGUCCAG